AGGUAUGAAACCGGGUGAAAUCGUCUCCCCGUUUGACGCAUGCGUGUUGUGCGCUCAGCCGUUUGAAAACAUUGCCGCGAAAAGUAGCUGCUGCUGACAACAACAUUUGUUUGUUGUUUACACGACGGAAGCGCCAGCUUUUUGUUUCCCCUGCUAGUGUUACUUUAACCGCGUGUUAUAACGCAGCGUUACGGUACCGUUAGCUGCUAUAUACCGUAUGUAACCGGAGCCAGCAGCAGACAUGAAGCCCGUACGCGGUUCUGACCGGGCCCCAUCAAAAGCACCGAACCUAAAAAACAAGAAGAAGUCAGACAAGGCGACGAAACAAGCAACCGAGCACCAGGAACCGGUGACCAGCGACCGUGGCAAGAGCACCGACCCGAAACCAGCCCCAAAGAAGAGGAGAGCUGAAGGCUCGCCUCCGGUCCAGAACAAAGUCAGAAGUCAGGAGAACUGGAAGCUGAUGCCGGGGUCCUCCAUCACUGCUCUGGAGAACAUGCUGGACUUGUCAAUACUAGAAACUAUUGCUUCAAUGCGGACAGAGAAGAAAGAGAGCCAGGAGCAUCUGAACAUUAUGAAAAAGAGGUUCCUUGCUCAGUGUGCACAGCUCAAAGUUCCAGUGCAGAAACAGAACGAUUUGGGCCGUUCAUCCCACCGCCACCAGGAGGAGUCCAAGAAGUCAGUGGUUGGAAAGAAAACUCUAAGCACUCUGGAGGAAGACUUGAAGGCUGUGGUCAGUGCUGUGGAGAACGCAGAGGCGCAGAUUGCCUCUUUACAGCAUCGGUGCACCAUGAGGAGAGACAAGGUGGAGGAUGAGGAGGAGAAGGCGAAAAAGAUCUUACAGAUUAGUGAGCAAACUGUUCUGAACCUCCGACGUGUGCCUCCACAAAAAGAUGAAACGACAUUAGUGACUCGGUUGAGAAAAAUGGUACCAGACGGUGACUGUGAGGCCACUGCCCGGAAAUUGGGUAAAAUACUGCAGAAAACGGAAGCCGUCCAGGAUGUCCAGGCGCUGCUUCUACAGGCACACAAACAAGCUGAUCGGCUCUUCACUCCAGGAUUCCCCCCAAUCAGCAGUGCACCUUGUUCAGACUGAAUCCUCUGCAAAUUUGUCCAUGCACAGGUUUGAAUAAAUGUUUAAAAAAAAGGACAUUUAUAGAUGCCAGAAGUGUGUACACAUUGUUUUGCAUUGGUAAUGCUCAGUUCCACUUUUUUUGUGGUUGUGGAACACCUGCGGUGCAGCAGUACAGCCUCACAGAAAAUGCUGAAUUGCUAAAAUGUGUAGAAUUACUACAUUUCCAACAGUGGACAGCAAAUUGAGCUGUAAUUAUUGCAAAAUAUAAAAGCAAUUUUUAUAAAAUAAAGGAGGGACAUUCCCAUCUCCAGUUUUAUGCCGUCAGUGUCUAUCAGAAUUAACUUUUAUAUGAAAAUUAUAAAUUGAUUUGCUCUUUUUUUGGUAGAGAAAACUCAGCUGUCUCU